AUGAGAGGCGAGCUCACACCUGCAUGGGACUCCGGGAACACCACCUUUUGGGAGGAGUACUCUGACAUUGCCUUUGUAGUUGCCAACAGCUUGAUCCUGUUGAUCACCUGUGCCGUGGGGAUUGCAGCAAAUCUUUUUGUCAUACUGGCAGUUUAUCAACAAAAAUCCCUGCAAAAUGUGAACAAUGCACUGGUGGUGAACCUCGCAGUCAUAGACCUCCUGAGAUGUGUGAUUGACUGCCCCAUUCUCCUAACCAUAGUCAUCACUGUGAACCACAGAGGACACGUACACCGGUUAAUCUGUGAUACACAAGUGGCCUCUUUCUCUUUCAGCUGCUGCAUCCAACUGUUGACUCUGGCCAGUAUCAGCGCAGAGCGGUACCAGGCCAUCGCCCGACCCUUCACCACCACUCAGAGGCGAAGACGGAUUAUGGUUGCAGAGCAGUCUGAGACGAAGCCUUUUAAAGCAGAGCAGCCCAAUCCCUGUGGCACAGAAUUUGAGGCGAAACUAUCAAAUGGAGAUGCUGCUGCUAGUGUUAAGAGCUCAACCACAAAGCCACAGAAGGUGUCAAGCAAUUUCAACACAGAAAAGCAGUCCAAAGAAAGAGUGAACAUCGACGAAGAGCCCUCUGAAAGGAAAGAAGCCAGCCCCCAUGUUCACUCGUCUGCACAGUUAGAAAAUCCCGAACCCACUUCUGUUUUACUGAUUGAACCAAAACAAGAUAAGAGCAACAAUGGAGGGGAAACGCUGAAUGUUUCUACAGCAGAUCAGGGGUCUUCAUUGCCCCCCGGCUCAAGUAAUGUCCCAGAAGCAGAAGCUACUAAACAAGAUGUGGAAGGUGCAGUUUGCAUGAUGCCUUCCAAAGCAAGUAGAGAGAGAGCAAGCAAAAAGAAGGAGAGCAAAAUGGCAAAGCGGGCUGGCUACAUCAUUGUAACCUUCCUCUUGUUCUGGCUACCACUGAUCAUCACUAUCCUGAUUAAUUGUGUUGUCCACGGAAACAAAAACCCACAGGUGAAAGCCAUUCAGGAAGUGGAGAUCCUGUCAGUGUCUGUCACCUGCAUCACAUCACUGAGUAACCCAAUCAUAUAUGCAGCAGUGAACCCUCAGUUUAGGACGGAGUUUUAUAGGUUGAAAACAAAAUGUGUGUCCAGAUUCACUAAGAAGUGA